UACCUUCUGAACUCCCCUGCCCCCUCCUCCUCCCCUUCACUGUCCUCGUCGAUGGUUGGGUUCAGCAACACCCUCCCUCCUCCUCCUCCUCUGUCUCCCCUCUCCACACCCUCACCACGACGGUCCUCCAACUCCCACACCGGACUGUCGUACUCUGUGCCGCGCAGGCUGAUCUGGUUCAGCACCUCUGCGUCGUUGUAUCUCCACGAUCGUUGUGGAGCAUAGUCAAAUCUCUUGUGCCUGUACUGCCUCCCUCCUCGUCCAAACCUCCGCCUCACCGAACUUUUUAACCUAACGUAGCACUGUCCCAUCGGCACUGCAGUGAACGGGGUGGACGACGGAGCCGUCGCGUAAACAAUACGCAGGAGAACGGCCGGUUUACGACUCGAGGAAAGACCGAGAGCGUUGUCUAAGUGCUACUAAUGUCCGACAAAUCGCCAAACAACGGGAAAAGCAAACGGUCCCUGCAGCGCUUGUGUGUUUACACGCUUCUUGGGCUUGGGUUGUUUUGCAGGCGUUACCGAGUUCAAAGGUCAUUACUGGUGGCGUUAAUUAGAACAAAACCCACGUGGAGAUGAUGUUCAAGCGUGCGUCUGGCUCGAGCGAGCUGGGGAAGAAGGGAGGUUACCUCGUGGCGCUGUCGAGUGGCGAUCGACUUUUGUUCGAAGGAUGUCUAGAGCUAGCGGUCCUGACGGGCACUGUGGAGGUCCAUGGGUUCCUCCUCACCUCUUCCCACCCUCCUCUCCCUCUCUUCUCCCCCCUCAACUCCCCUCAUCUCCCAAUUCUUCCUUCACCAUCUGACGCCGAAGAGGAGCAGAUGGGGGCGGGGUUUGCAGGGAGAGGGCGUGGUCUCGGGGCUGAGGACGUGGAGUGGCUGAAUUCUCUGGCAGCAGACUCCGUUAUUGCAGUGUGUAUGGUAUGGAACCUGGACUCAUUGCUAGUGACCAGUCUCCAAUCCGUUCCAAACUCUGGACUGCUACCAUCAAAACUGGACGGACGAAUGGCUACAGCCACAUUCAGACUGUUGAAGGGUGACGUUGCUCCAACUCCCAAAUUCAUCAACUUCCCUGAGGACUUUCACACACAGUUGAACAAAGUCUUAGAAUACAGAGGACCUGUGGUGUUGGUCUGUGGGGGCAUGAACUCUGGCAAAUCAACUCUCGGUCGGUUUCUUGUCAACAAAUUUCUCAACAGAUGUGACAAAGUGGGGUUUCUGGAAUGUGACGUUGGACAGCCCGAGUUCACCGUUCCCAUGGUUACCGCACUCCACGUGUUGACCCACCCGGUGUUUGGCCCCGCCCACUUUAGUCACAGACGACCUUAUAAGGCUUACUUCUUUGGCGAGUUGUCCCCUGCUCGUAAGCCUCGCUACUACGUCCACCUCAUAAACCAGCUAUUUUCACUCUUUAUGAGUGGUAUCCGUGGAGACGGGGAAGUCCCUCUGAUAAUCAACACCUGUGGCUGGACGAAAUAUUUAGGUGUGGCUUUGCUGAUGGAUAUAAUCCGACUCACAAGCCCCUCCCACAUCGUUAGGAUGGUGCCGGAUAAACGACGUGUUUUCAACGUCGUAACAGAUCUCCUUCCCUUCACUCCUCACACCCUCACCUCCACCCCUGGCAUCCUCACUCCCUCCUCCUCUCCCGUCCCCGUCCCUUGGUCCACUGAAGAACACUGGUACUCUGAACACAUCACUGGUCUUUCGGCUCCCGAGCCAACUCCAGUUCAAUGGAAUGUGUAUCGGACCAAGAAACGAGGUUGUUCGGAGACCACUCCUGACCGCAGCGGCGAUGCCAAACCAGGCACCAAAAGGUACCACAGAGAGACCAAACAGACCACUGAGACACCACCAAGAGGGAACCACUGGGGGACCAAACAGACCACUGAGACCACACUGAGAGAGACCACUAGAGACGACGACACCACAGAGGAGAGCGAGACUGAUUCCAGUACCGAGGAACUGGUUUCAGACUCAGACUCGGACAACAGACAAGACAAAGUCACGGAGGUCACAGAGGUCGCUCGUGCCACACCCUCUUCCGCAGUGGGCGGAGUCAGGAGACACAGACGAAGAGCUCAGGGUCAUAGGUCAAAGAUCGCCAGGACCGGACUCCGCUGUCUGAUAUCAGAACCAAAAUAUGAGAAUGGAACUCCUCUAGCCAUGAACGCCUCUUCAGAUCACUGGGAGGAGGUGGAGAUGCAACUGAUUGGUCGAUGGGUCAAGGUGCUGAACCACCAGAUCAUGGUGCAGAGGGUGGGCGGAGUCAAUGGACUGAGCAAUAAAAAGAGUGUUUAUUUCAGAUCUAGUCUUUCGCGAAGACUUUCACUGGUGGCCCACUUUGCUCCAUUGAUUGGUGGGUGUGGUGACCACACCCAUUUCCUGGACUCAGCUCCAGUGUUGGAAGUGUCGUGGAAUGACGUCGCUAUUCAUGUUCUCCAUCAGCAGGUCGGCCGUCUGAGUGUGUGUUGUUCUUCCUACUAUUGUAUGAUGUAAACAAAGCUUGUUGAGUUUUUCUUAAGUUAACGAAAAAAGUAAGUCAAUGAGAUACCGAUGGAGUUUAUUUUGUCGACCGCAAGUCUUUUUAACUGGCAGUAGCAUUUUACUGACAUUGCAGGUUCCUCGCAGUACUGUGGUGAAUGCCAUGAUGGGAUGUAUUGUGGCUCUCUGUCGCGUCGACCCCUGCGAGGUGGUGGAAGAGGGGCUAGUGGGAGGAGGGAGUGUCCGGUUCCUGCGUUCCCAUACCCCUGACAUUGAGUUUAUAGCAAUGGGAGUACUCUGUGGAUCGUCGUCUGAGAAACAGCUCUUCUAUGUGACCACACCCCUCAUUACAGACAGGGACGUUGCCAUGGACACCGUGAACGUUCUAGUCAUGGGCGAGGUCAGCUCACUGUAUGGCUUCUCUGGACAGAAGACCACGCCCACCUCGUUUCGUCACAUUGAUAUCGGUCAAUUUGUGUGGAGGAAAUUGACUUGACAGCAAAAUGCCUUGGUCAUGGAAUUGAUUCUUUUAUGGUCUUGGCUUUCACAUCAAUAAUUAUGUAGUGUUAUUUCUUUAACGC